CGGCCCCCGGAAGCGGUGCGUACGGGAUGCCGCGGCCCGGAAGGCGCGCCUGGCGGGAUCCGGUGGGCCUCCCCGGCCGGGGUGGCCGCCCCUUGUUGCUAGACGACGCGAACUAGCCUGCGUCACUUCCUCGGCGCGCCGCCUGCCCGCGCCUCGGCCGGAACCCGGGGGUCCGGAGCCGGGGUGGACUGGUUGUCCGAAGUCCAGGACCGGAGCCAGCUGGGCAGCUGCAUCCGAGGCCACGCCACCUGCGGGGAAGAACCUGAACUGGGGUAGGAAGAUGGCGGCAGACAAGCCUGCAGACCAGGGAGCAGAGAAACAUGAAGGGACAAGUCAGUCCUCUGGGAUCACUGAUCAAGAGAAAGAGUUGUCUACCAGUGCUUUCCAAGCUUUUACAGCUGGAAGUUACGAUGCCUGUCUACAGCACCUUGCCUGCCUACAAGAUGUAAACAAAGAUGAUUAUAAAAUAAUUUUGAAUACAGCAGUGGCUGAGUUUUUUAAAAAUAACCAAACUACAACAGAUAGUUUGAGACAAACACUUAACCAGCUGAAGAAUCAGGUCCACUCGGCUGUUGAAGAAAUGGAUGGAUUAGAUGAUGUAGAGAACAGCAUGUUGUAUUACAAUCAGGCAGUCAUUCUUUAUCAUCUGCGGCAGUACACAGAAGCAAUAGCAGUUGGUGAAAAGCUUUACCAGUUCAUAGAACCUUUUGAAGAAAAAUUUGCCCAGGCGGUGUGUUUUUUGCUUGUAGACCUUUAUAUAUUAACCUAUCAAGCUGAGAAAGCUUUGCAUCUUCUUGCUGUCCUAGAAAAAAUGAUAUCACAGGGUAACAAUAACAAAAAUGGGAAGAAUGAGACUGGUAAUAACACCAACAAAGAUGGAUUUAAUCAUAAAGCUGAAAGUGGAGCCCUAAUAGAAGCUGCAAAAUCAAAGAUACAUCAGUAUAAAGUGAGAGCUUAUAUCCAAAUGAAGUCCCUGAAAGCAUGCAAAAGGGAAAUCAAGUCAGUGAUGAACACAGCUGGAAAUUCUGCACCCUCUCUGUUUCUUAAAAGCAAUUUUGAGUACUUAAGAGGCAAUUAUCGAAAAGCUGUGAAGCUAUUAAAUAGUUCAAACAUUGCUGAGCAUCCAGGAUUCAUGAAAACAGGUGAAUGCUUGAGAUGCAUGUUCUGGAAUAAUCUUGGUUGCAUUCAUUUUGCCAUGAGCAAGCACAAUCUGGGAAUUUUCUACUUUAAAAAGGCUUUACAGGAGAAUGACAAUGUUUGUGCACAGCUCAGUGCAGGCAGCACUGAUCCAGGCAAAAAAUUUUCAGGACGACCUAUGUGUACAUUACUAACCAACAAGAGGUAUGAGUUGCUGUAUAACUGUGGCAUUCAGCUUCUUCACAUUGGAAGACCUCUUGCUGCCUUUGAGUGUCUGAUUGAAGCUGUUCAGGUUUAUCAUGCAAAUCCACGCCUUUGGCUAAGGCUGGCUGAAUGCUGCAUUGCUGCAAAUAAAGGGACUGCUGAACAAGAAACUAAAGGCCUUCCAAGUAAGAAAGGAAUUGUACAGUCUAUUGUUGGUCAAGGCUAUCAUCGUAAAAUAGUUUUGGCAUCACAGUCCAUACAGAAUACUGUAUAUAAUGAUGGACAAUCUUCAGCCAUUCCUGUAGCCAGUAUGGAGUUUGCAGCCAUUUGUCUCAGAAACGCCUUGUUGCUGUUACCCGAAGAACAGCAAGAUCCAAAGCAGGAAAAUGGAUCUAAAAAUAGUAAUCAGUUAGGUGGGAACACGGAGAGCAGUGAAAGCAGUGAAACUUGCAGCAGUAAAAGCCAUGAUGGAGACAAAUUCAUUCCAGCUCCACCUUCUUCUCCAUUGAGAAAACAGGAAUUAGAAAACUUAAAAUGCUCCAUACUUGCCUGUAGUGCUUACGUGGCUCUGGCUUUGGGUGAUAACCUUAUGGCUUUGAAUCAUGCAGAUAAACUUCUUCAGCAGCCCAAGCUGUCAGGAUCGCUUAAGUUUUUGGGCCAUUUAUAUGCUGCAGAAGCCCUCAUCUCUCUGGACAGAAUAUCUGAUGCCAUUACUCACUUGAACCCGGAGAAUGUCACUGAUGUUUCCUUAGGGAUCUCUUCAAAUGAGCAGGACCAAGGAUCAGACAAAGGUGAAAAUGAAGCAAUGGAAUCCUCUGGGAAGCGGGCCCCUCAGUGCUACCCCAGUUCGGUCACCUCUGCCAGAACCGUGAUGCUGUUUAAUCUUGGCAGCGCCUACUGCCUGAGGAGUGAAUAUGACAAAGCUCGAAAGUGUCUCCACCAGGCGGCUUCAAUGAUCCAUCCUAAAGAGGUGCCGCCUGAAGCCAUCUUAUUGGCAGUCUACCUUGAACUGCAAAAUGGUAAUACCCAGCUGGCCUUACAGAUCAUCAAAAGAAAUCAGCUGCUCCCUGCAGUGAAAACACUGUCUGAAAUGAGAAAGAAGCCAGUGUUCCAGCCUGUCCACCCGAUCCAGCCCAUCCAAAUGCCAGCCUUCACUGCACAAAGAAAGUGACAUUUUUGCUCUCAGAAAACUGUUACUUGAGACCGAGGGGAGUACUUUUGGGCCUUGUUAGUUGUAUCACAGCAAAAUGAAUAAAAGACAGAUGAUGAAAGGUGCUAGUUUUGAAGACACAAUUUUAAAAUUAUUCUAACCCCUGUGGGUUUUUUUUGUUUGUUUGGUUUUUGCUUUUUUGUUUUUUGGGGGGGGGUUCUUUUGGGGGGAGGUCCUGUUUUUGGGUUUUUUUUUUUUUUGCUGGAAGCUUACUUAAAAUUAAGGAUUCAUGAACUCAUUUUCAUGUUUUUCUUUAAUCUUACAUUUUGAGCCAUUAUGUGCUGUAUCCAUGUCAUAGGCAAUUAAAACAUGGUCUUAUCAGAACAA